UCAGAGAAGUUCUCUUCACACUCCGAGAAGACUAUUAUCCACAUAUUAUUUUCUUUAAAUCUAGAACUUGGUAGACUCUCUCCCCAGCUAAUUGACCUUUUGUGUAUUAUCUUCCCAUACUGUGCCAGACUUUGUAGGACCGCUGUGACAGCACUUCUGGGACAGCUGAUGAUUAUGUUAAUUUGAAAAUCCCGUUCCCAGGGCGCCUGGCUGGCUCAGUCAGUAGAGCAGCUGAAGAAGUUGUAACUAAAGAUGGAUUAUUUAAUGCAAAGAAAGAAACUUCUCAAGAAGUGGAGCACGGUGCUGAGGCCCCAGGAAUACCCGACAGAAAUUGUGUGCCCCAGCCACCUUGUACUUCUGUCCGUAUGGAAAGGACAGUUGCACAUUUGAACACUCUAAAGGACCGUCACCCGGGUGACUUGUGGGCCCGAAUGCACAUCUCAUCCUUGGAAUAUGCUGCUGGAGACAUGACCCGAAAAGGGAGAAAAAAGGACAAAGCUCGAGUGAGUGAACUGCUACAAGGCCUUGCAUUUUCUGGUGACUCAGAUGUGGAAGAAGAUAACAAGCUUGAGGCCCACCAUGCUCAAAAAAAGCUAAAGAUGUCAAAUGUGCCAGAGAAGAAUUGGGCCAAAAGAGACAUUAAACCCAGCUUCCCAAGCUGGUCGGCACUGGAUUCUGGACUUUUGAAUCUCAAGAGUGAGAAGUUGAACCCAGUAGAGCUCUUUGAGUUAUUUUUUGAUGAUGAAAUAUUCAACAUGAUUGUCAACGAAACCAAUAAUUACGCAUCUCAGAAAAAUGUCAACUUGGAAGUCACAGUUCAGGAAAUAAGGUGUGUGUUUGGUAUCUUGCUUUUGAGUGGAUUUGUGAGGCGUCCCAGAAGGGGAAUGUAUUGGGAAAUCUCUGAUGCUGAUCAGAACCUGGUUAGAGAUGCAAUUAGAAGGGACAGAUUUGAAUUGAUUUUCUCAUACCUACAUUUUGCAGAUAAUAGCCACCUAGAUCAAAAAGAUAAGUUUACAAAAUUGAGGCCUCUCAUAAAGCAAAUGAAUAGAAAUUUCCUCUUGUAUGCUCCCUUGGAAGAAUACUAUUAUUUUGAUAAGACAAUGUGUGAAUGCUUUGACAGUGACCAGUUCCUGAAUGGGAAACCUAUUAGAAUUGGCUAUAAAAUUUGGUGUGGCACAACCACACAGGGUUAUCUGGUGUGGUUUGAGCCCUAUCAAGAAGAAUCAACAGUGAUGGUGGAUAAGGAUCUUGAUCUUGGUUUAGGUGGAAAUCUAGUGAUGCAUUUUGCUGAUGUUCUUUUAGAGAGAGGCCAAUAUCCCUAUCACCUGUGUUUUGAUAGUUUCUUUACAAGUGUAAAAUUGGUGUCAGCCUUGAAGAAAAAAGGAGUGAGGGCAACAGGAACAAUUCGUGAGAACAGGACUGAAAAAUGUCCCCUCAUGAAUGCAGAACAUAUGAGAAAAAUGAAGAAGGGCUAUUUUGAUUUCCGAGUCGAAGAAAAUGAGGAGAUAAUUUUGUGUCGUUGGCAUGGUGAUGACAUUAUCAGUCUAUGCUCCAAUGCUGUAGGCAUAGAACCAGCCAGUGAGCUAAGUUGUUCUGCUGAUGAGGACGACAUCCAUCAGAUAGCUCAACCAUCUAUAGUGAAACUGUAUGAUGAAUGCAGGGAAGGUGUAGCUAAAAUGGAUCAAGUCAUUUCCAAAUACAGGGUGAGAAUAAGAAGCAAGAAAUGGUACUCCAUUUUGGUAAGCUACAUAAUUGAUGUAGCCAUGAACAAUGCAUGGCAGCUACACAGAGCCUGUAAUGCAGGUACCUCUCUAGGCCUCUUGGAUUUUCGGAGAUAUGUCGCACAUUUCUAUUUGGAGCACAAUGCUAAUCUGUCAGAUUAAGGCAGAUAAAAUGAACACAAUGCCAGUAUGAACAAGACAAAAAAAUUACAGGUACAAAUCAGAUUGUACCCUUCCAAAGUAAACCUGAUGUAUAUAAUGGAAUUAAGUAAUAUUUUUUAGAAGUCAAACAUCUAUGUAGAAUUUCAAAGACAUUAUUAUAACAAGUAAUUUUAAAAAUUAUCUGUAAAAAUGUUGAACUUGAGUGCCACCUUUUUCUAUGACUAAUUUUUGGUGUGAGACACGUGAGAAAUCAUUUGUUAAAGUGAUUAAUUUGUGCCC